AUGAUGGAAGUGGACAGCACUGACAACGCCGUCGAGGAGGCCCCCAAGAAGGCACGUUUCGAGAUCAAGAAGUGGUCGGCGGUUGCACUCUGGAGCUGGGACAUCGUCGUCGAUAACUGUGCCAUUUGUCGCAAUCACAUCAUGGAUCUGUGCAUCGAGUGCCAGGCGGAUCAAUCACGCGGCACCAACGAGGAGUGCACCGUCGCUUGGGGAUCGUGCAACCACGCCUUUCACUUUCACUGUAUUUCCCGAUGGUUGAAGACGCGUCAAGUCUGCCCAUUAGACAAUCGCGAUUGGGAAUUCCAGAAAUACGGGCAU